AUGGAUGUAAGAUAUUGGUGGGUGCGAAGAAGUCAAGGUAGUGGGUUGCUGGAGGAGAAGGAAAGGGAAGAAGAAAGAAAUGAGAGGAAGAGGGAAAUGACAGAAGAAAGAGAUGAGAGUGAAAUGCCUUUGUCUGGCCCUCCACUCCUCCGCCCUCUACACCCUCUCCUCCCCCUUCUCCGGCGACCUCACCCUCUCCUCACCCUUCUCCUCGACCUCACCCUCUCCUCUCCUCUUCUACCUCCUUCGUCUCUGCACUGUCGCUCUCAUCAUCACCAUAACCGCCCAUUUAUCAAAUUGAACCAAUUCCGAUCAGAAUUAGGGAGGAAUCAGCUGACCCAUAAGAGGAAUAAGGGUCUAAUUGGCAGAGCAUCGACGCUCGAGGAAUCCCCAGCUUUCGAUCCACUGACAAGUACUCAGGGCCCUGAUCCUGAGCUCGUUGCAGCGCUGAAGCUCAAGUUGCUUGAAAGUUUCUUGAAUUUUUUUCCAGCUGGAUGGCAUGCAAUGUGUUUGAACUACAUGGAGAAAAUAAAGUCUUCCAUGUAUUACCCUUCUCACUACUUUGAUGCGGAUCAGGAGAUCCAUUCAACAAAGCCAGCUGGUGGCAACUACACCACUCGUAGUGUUAAAGUCAAAGGAGUUAUCCAAUGCUUCAGUGUGAAUCCUGAAUCUAACCAUCUCGGAACGGAUAAAGGAGUUGAAGAAGCUUCUGCAGUGUCAUAGUCAUUAUAAAUAAUUUAUGUAAAAGUUUGUAAACAAUUUAUGUAUCUCUACUA